AUGAAGUACAGUUUCGCUCUCAUCGGCCUCGCGGGCUGCGCCUUCGCUCUCCCUGCUCCUCAGGGUGAAUUCCAGCCUUCCGGACCUCCUCCUCCCGGCCUUACUCCCACUGGCCCUAUUCCCACUGGCCUUGCUCCCACUGGUUCUCCUCCCUCGGGCACUCCUAGUGGCUUCCCCGGCCCCAUGCCCACUGGCCCUGCUCCUUCUGAUGGAUUCGGCGGUUUCGACAAGCGCCAGUUCGGUGGUUUCCCCUCCUCUUUCAGCCUCCCCUUCCCUGAGCCCACUGGUCUCGGUGGCCUCGGUGGCUUUGAGAAGCGUCAGUUUGGCGGUGCUCCUCCCCCUCCUCCCUCUGGCUCUGCUCCUUCUGGCCCUCCUCCCUCGGGCACUCCUAGUGGCUUCCCCAGCCCCAUGCCCACUGGCCCUGCUCCUUCUGAUGGAUUCGGCGGCUUCGAGAAGCGCCAGUUCGGUGGUUUCCCCUCCUCUUUCAGCCUUCCUUUCCCUGAGCCCACUGGUCUCGGUGGCCUAGGCGGCUUUGAGAAGCGUCAGUUCGGUGGCCCUGCUCCUUCUGGUCCUCCUCCCUCGGGCACUGCUAGUGGCUUCCCCGGCCCUAUGCCCACUGGUCCCAUGCCCACUGGCCCUGCUCCUUCUGAUGGGUUCGGCGGCUUCGAGAAGCGCCAAUUCGGCGGCUUCCCCUCCUCUUUCAGCCUUCCUUUCCCUGAGCCCACUGGUCUCGGUGGCCUCGGUGGCUUUGAGAAGCGUCAGUUCGGUGGUGCUCCUCCCCCUCCUCCCUCUGGCUCUGCUCCUUCCGGUCCUGCUCCCACUGGACCUAUGCCCACUCCCAGUGGACCUAUUCCCACACCUUUCUAA